UGCUUCCGUACCUAAAAACCAACCGACUUUCUCACUCUAUUUAUUGUUUUUGUCCCCCUUGAAACUUUCUUCCAAUUUAUAAAAAGCCCUUUUACACAACUGCGACUGCAGCUGCAGCGCCUUAUCCUCCCCUUGUCCCCUCUCUCUCUCUCUCUCUCUCUAAAAUCCAAUACUCUCUUUCUCGCUCUAAAAUCUGAGACUCUGAGCACUCCUCUGUUCAACUUCAAGAAUCGACGGCCGUCCACAACCGAUCUACGAUGAAGUACCUAAUCCGAAGGCUUUCCCGCGUCCACGAGUCCCCGGACUUCGUCCUCCUUCCCUCUAAUCCACUGAGCUCAAUGGAUGGCAAAGAGAGCAAAGGAGCGAAGAAUCGCCGAGUGAAGCGACAAAGUCGGCGUAGUUUUAAGGGGCGCGUGCCUGUGCACGUGGGAGAGGAGAUGGAGAGGUUCAGCGUGAGUGCCGAGCUUUUGAAUAACCCGGUUUUUUGCGAGUUACUGAAAAGAUCGGCUCAAGAGUACGGAUACGAGCAGGAGGGGGUUCUUAGGAUCCCUUGCCCUGUGCACGUUUUCCGGCAACUUUUGCAGUGUUUGGAACAACACGGCGACAUUCAUGAACUUCAAAGGAUGACCAGCCUUGCUUUACUGUAAAUUUUUAAUUUCGAUGGUUUUUCUUCUUCUUUUUUUUUCCUCUUUUCCCCUCUUUUUUUUUUUUUGGGGGGUAAGGGGGGCUUCUAUUUUGAGGCAGCAGGGUUUUUCUUUCUUGUUAUCUUGGAUUCUUUUUUUAAUUUUGAAGUUUUUAGUUGAGGCUAUUAUGUGAUGUAAAGUUUUGACAAGAUAAGAAAACUAAAAGUUUUAUUGCUCUC